AUGACCGUGUCCUGUGCUGUCAAGCCCGUGGUCAAUCCCCGACCAGCUCUCAAGGCAAAGCUCACGAAAGAGCUGUUCCUGAUCCCCAAUCUGAAGCCCUCCUACCGGGACUGGCCCACCGCGGUGAAUCCUAGCUAUCCACAGCUCAAGGUCGCGUUGGAGACUCGGAUCAAAGAGUAUUAUCAUCCGAAGAAAGCAGCAAAGUUAAUUCAGGACGACUAUGCGUUACUUUCCGCCAUGUGGUGGCCUCGAGCGGCCCCGGAUCGACUGCAGACCUGCACCUUUUGGUUCCUCUGGCUUUUCACCUGGGACGAUGAGAUCGACCAGUCCACCUCCGAUCUUUUCGUCAACAUCCACAAUGCCAAUGACUUUCGCAAGGAGUCCUUGGAGUACGUCAAAUUCUGCCUCGGGGUCGGCGACGAAGAGACCGCCAAGUGGGACUUUGAGAACCAUCCUCCCCAGCGGAAGCUGAUCCGCAGUCUGGAUGUGAUUGGGGCAGAACUGCGCAAGGUCUACAACUAUGAUCAAAUCAUGACAUUCGUCAACGAGAUCGAUUACUACAUGGACUGCCAGCAGCGCGAACAGCAGCGCAAAUUGACGGGACGGCUCCCCAUCGUGGCCGAAUACCUGGAAACCCGCAUGGGGACAAGUGCAGUCACUUCCAUGCUGGCCCUUAAUGAAUUCGCCGAUGGCAACGACAUCCCCCGCGAGAUCAUGACCGAUCCCAAGAUGAUCUCGCUCUGGUACGAGGUGAUCAUGAACAUGUCUCUUUCCAAUGACCUGCUCUCGCUGCGAAAGGAAAUUGAACACGGCGAUAUUGACAGCAUGGUUCCCGUCCUGGUCAGCGCCCGUGGCCUGACCAUCCAUGAAGCCAUCAAAGAGACCGAGGAGGAGAUCAGCCGCAGCAUCGACCGAUUCGACCAAAUCGCCGACGCAUUCCUGAAGGAGACCAGGAUAACCCAUACCGACCACGCGGAUGAGCUCGCCGACUAUAUUGUCGGGUGCCAAUACAAUCAGAUGGCGAACUUUUUGUGGAGCGGCCUUACGGAUAUCGUCAAGAUCCUCAUCGAGGCAGGAGCGGACGUACAUGCGGCGACAGUGGCGUGGAAGGAGACAAAUAUCAAGCCUACAGGGUCAUACCAGGGCACUCCCGUCCCUGGAAAGGACAGCCCCUUCACCUCGCUGCUAUGA